CUCAACAUUCCCUUGAAAGUUAUUUGGCUGAGGCCGAGGUAUAGACCUGGACAGUAACUAUUUAGGUUGAGCUCUUGAGUUCCGGAAUAGAAUGAUUGUGGGGAUACUAGGUAUAGAAGAGGUAUAGGAUGAUCCGUGCAUCCAGGAACUUUGAGAACUAGCUCAAGUAGUAAAUCUCCAGCAGGUUGAAACCAUCAAGCCCCUUGCUCUAAUUGGUGUUUCAGGAAACCCUGUCGACUUUCAAGCCGCCCGCCCCCCCUGGUGGCGGCUCCCCGCUUUUCGGUUGCUGGGGCAGAUUCCAAAACAAACGGAGAUAAGAAAAAAGUGGCGGUUCCCGCUUCCACUCACACUUGCCAGAUCUUCUCCAACCUCGAUACGAUCGUUACCUUCAUUCGUUGAAAUCGUCACGACUUAAAUGGACGACUGAUGCAUAACCUUCUUGGAGCAUAACAACCACGUAUUGCUCGGCUUUUCCGCGACGACCGAAACGCAAUCCACGCCCUAACACACAAGUAACGACCACAGCGCAAUGGCGAGAGAAAGCAGCGCCCCAACAGAUCCUGUGACCCCGGGAAAGCCACGAGAGCAGGCGAGCCGCCCUCCACCGCAGCAUCCAGAGUUCGGAAAGCCGUCGCCUCUUCGCCCAAGCUAUUCCCAGAGCCAUGGCUCGAGCAACCCGUUCAACAUUCCCAAGCAGAAUCGCCCACGAGUAGAGCAUCACCGACCGAAUCAACAACAACAACAACCACAACAUCAUCUUAAUCAUCAUCAACAGCAGGCACGAUCUCAGAAUCCGCUCCUCCAAAAUGUGGCUCGAUCAAACAUUCCUCCCCUCGUUGCCUCCACCCCUAAGCGAAGCGAACCAUUCGACCCGUUCAAGCCCGUCCGACCUUCUGCAUACAACAACAAUCGCAUGUCCCGCCCGGUUGACAGUGAUGUUGUCGAAAUCCGCCGCCCCGAAAAUGUGACCUUCAACACACCCCGGGCGCCGAAGAUGUUCUACGCCUCAAAACCUUCUCCGAUGAAGAUGAACAAUGCGGCCAAAAACUUGCAGAACUUUGUUGAUCUGACUACAACAACCCCUUCGGGAGGUGACUUUUCUACUUCUCGGCUACCUCGGGGCCCAGGUUUUGGUAGUGCGGCUGCAAGUGAGUGGGUGGAUACCGCCAAAGCGAAUGAGAAUAUAAAAGCUCUACUAGAGGGAGCAUUCGAGGAUGAAGAUGAAAAGCAAUCGAAGCCGAAAGGCAAAAAGAAGAAGAAGAAGAACAAGAAGGACACGUCGAAGAAGAAGAGUGAGCAGGACCAGCCGCAGGCUCAGGAGGAGAGCUCGGAUAUUGACGAUUUGGCUGCUCAGCUGCAGGGUGUAACUGUCAAUGAAAGCCCUUCAGAUGCAGAGGAAAGCGUCAAAUCUCCGUUACAAAAGACGCUCGACGCGGAAGACGAGAAAGACGCUAGCGAAGAGGGAUCAGAUUCUGAGGAGGAGGAGGAGGAGGAGGAAGACGAGGACGAUGAUGGCACUGUUGAAGGCUUGAAUGUUAAACUUCUUCCUCACCAGCGACAGGGCGUCAACUGGAUGUGCGAGAAAGAGAUCGGAUCUAGGAAGCUCAAGGGAGAGGCGAAAGGCGUCCUGCCCAAGGGUGGGAUUCUUGCAGACGACAUGGGUCUUGGGAAGACCGUUCAGGCCAUCGCUUUGAUGCUCACGAACCAGAAACCGAAGGAUGGCUCGAGGCGACGCCCUGCGAUGUUUGAAUAUGAUGCAGAUUCGGAUGAUGAUGGUGAGGAGAAGGAAUCGCGAAAGCUACCGCCUGGACUUAGCAAAUCCACCCUGGUUGUGGCUCCUCUUGCAUUGAUCAAACAAUGGGAGUCUGAAAUCAAGACCAAGGUUGAGGCGCCUAAAAAACUCAGAGUCCUCGUCUAUCAUGGAAAUGCCCGUGCCAAAUCGACCGACAGUCUAGAAGACUACGACGUGGUGAUUACGACAUAUGGGACCCUCACUUCUGAGCAUAAUGCAGUCUCAAAGAACAAUAAUAAGACUGGGGUAUUCUCUGUCUACUGGUACCGCAUCAUUCUCGACGAAGCGCACACUAUCAAGAACCGCAAUGCCAAGGCAACUCAGGCGUCAUAUGCUUUGGAUGCUGAAUAUCGCUGGUGCUUGUCGGGCACGCCUAUGCAGAACAACCUGGACGAGCUACAGAGUUUGAUCAGAUUCCUUCGAAUCAAACCUUACAACGAUCUAGCAAACUGGAAAGAUCAGAUUACUAGACCACUUGCGAAUGGGCGUGGAGGGCUUGCAAUCGAACGCCUACAGGUAGUCCUAAAGGCUUUUAUGAAACGGCGGACAAAGGAUGUUUUGAAGCUCAGCGCCAAGCCAAAAUCUGGGAAAGGCGACGGCGAAGGCGAGAAGAAGAAGAAGGGCCCGGGUUUCCACAUUGUCAAACGUGAAGUAAUCAAGGUGGCAGUGGAUUUCAUGCCAGGGGAGAGGAACUUUUAUCAGCGCCUGGAACAGCGAACGGAGAACAGUCUUGAGAAGAUGAUGGAUGGGUCUAAAAUGGACUACGCUGGAGCCUUGGUUCUGCUUCUUCGACUGCGUCAAUCCUGUAACCAUCCAGACCUGGUUAAGAGCGACCUGGCUAAAGACAAGGAUAUUCUCCUGCAGACUGGAAACACCACCAACAGUCAGUCGUCUGCCGCCAAGAAGGAUGAUUUGGACGCAAUGGCGGACCUCUUUGGCGCGCUCAGUGUGGUGACCAAGAAAUGCGACAUUUGCCAAAUGGAGUUGAGUCAAACGGAGUCUACAGGUGGUGGCAGCCGGUGCAGUGAGUGUGAGAAAGACUUUAACACGCCUUUUGCUGCCGAUGGGAUGAAGACGAAGAAUAAGGCAUCUAAAAAGGUCAUUGAUCUCACGGCGUCCCCCUUGCAGAGGCGCUCAGAAGAUCGCAUGGCUCGAUCGCGCAAGAAUAGACGCGUUAUCAUGGAUAGCGAUGACGAGGAAGAAGAGGACGGCGAAUGGCUCGUUCCCGAGAGUCAGCGAGCAGGCCUAUCUUUGGGCAAAGCAGGGGGCUCCGACGAUGAAGAUGCAGAGGGCGGCGGCGACUGGAUCGGUUCCGAAGAUUCUGAUACUGACAGUGAACCUGAGUCGCCGAGUCGGCGCAUUGUUCAGAGGGACGUUGUAGACUCGGAUUCAGAAGAUGAUAUCUAUGGGGAUGAAGAGAAUCAGGAGCUUCCGUCCACCAAGGUCCGCCACCUGCUGAAGAUCCUCCGACGCGAAGCCCCCGACUUCAAAUUCAUCGUGUUCUCCGUCUUCACAUCGAUGCUUGACAAGGUCGAGCCAUUCCUGAAACGCGCUGGAAUCGGCUACGCCCGAUACGACGGAAGCAUGCGCAAUGACCUCCGAGAAGCCAGCCUUGAGAAGCUCCGGAGCAACCGGGCGACACGGGUGCUGCUGUGCAGUCUGCGAGCCGGUGCGCUGGGGCUAAAUCUCACCGCAGCAAGCCGCGUGGUCAUCCUUGAGCCGUUCUGGAACCCCUUUGUCGAGGAACAGGCCAUCGACCGCGUUCACCGACUCAAUCAGACCGUGGAUGUCAAGAUCUACAAAAUGAUUAUCAAAGAUUCGGUCGAGGAGCGUAUUCUCGAUCUGCAAGACCGGAAGCGCGAAUUGGCCAAUGUCACCAUCGAGGGUAAGACUGCAGCGGCCAAACUUACGAUGAAGGAUAUGAUGGCGCUGUUUGGAAAGGACGCCGAGCUCCGAUACAAGGACGAUCAGACUCGCCUCGAUUACUCGCCACAAAAGGGCAAUCUCCUCACCUCAAGCUAUGAAUCGGCAAGCCAGGGCCGCUCGGGUAGCGAAUCGGAUGCCUCUCGUGAUCGCAGCCGUAAACAGGAAAGGCGCGCACCCUCGACGGAGGAUUCUGUUUACGGUCGACGGUGGUAGGGGGCCGGUUAGAAUUGAGAUGAUUUUAUGCAAAGACAAGGUGAAAUGGAGGAUGGCAUUGGGUCUUGGUGUUGGAGUAUUGCGUCAGCUGUCUGGGAUAAUUUUAGGCAUUUCGGGUGUAUUCUGUACAUAUGGGAUUAGAUUUGUUCUUAUGCAGCAAUGUUAAAAUAUCGACAAAGGG